UUUUGGGGGGGGGGGGGGAAAUUGAAGAACAAUGAUACUGACAGUUCUUUUAGGCAACCUCUGCCGUGUUCCAUAUUCGUCUACAUGUACUUGCUAAACCAUAUUGAAUAGUUUAAUUUUGGAAGAUUUUAGGGAGUAGAGGAGUGUUUGAUGUAUAUAUAAGUUCGUAACUAUGUGGGAGGGGGAAAAUGCCUUACACAAUACAAUAUAAUAAGAAAAUGAAUGGCAAAUCACCGACAAUGAUGGCGUCAUCAAUUUCAGCUGCCACUUCGUCCUACCCACGAAGGAUGUGUGCAUGUGGCUUUGGACAUUACGUUGUCAUGAUUUCCAGAUCUGCCAAAAACUCAGGUCGUGCAUACUACGUUUGCCCUAGGCCGACGGUGCAUACCGCCCCUCUGUUAUGCAUUUAGUCAUGUGGUUGUUCAUUUGUUCGUAUGUCGCAAAUCAUGUCAUCUAACUAUAUUUCACUUGUGUACGGCAGCGCUAUGUUAUGUAGGUUGGUUGGUGUGAUGAGUUCUAUAGCGAAAGGUUUGCCAUUUACCACCCACCGAAUGUUGUCGAUACGGGGUUACGUGCGGAUGUUACACGCAUAGAUCAGAGCCUACGUAUGCUUAGGAUUGUUGUAGGUGUUUUGUGUGUCGUUGUGAUUAUCUUGUUGUUCCAUAUGUGAUGCAUUUUCUUAUCUUAUGUUACCUAUAUAGUUUGUUUUGCAUAAACAAGAACUGUUAUGUAUCGUUGUUGGCAGUUAAGCAUAGGGUUUUGUAUUACUUUAAUUUCAUUGCAAAUUGCACGAUGAACUUUUAUUGUCAUGCACAUUUGGUUUGUACUAUGCACUGUAACUUCCGUAAUCAUUUAUCGGAAGCCUGUUUAACAUUGUGGACAGGGAAAACAAUUAAUUAUACAACUACAUCAUUAACUUGACAUAUAUUUGUUAGAUUUCAUUUUCCAUCACUCCAACUACACCAAAACUUUUCUUAAGCCGUACUACUGAUCAUGGAAACAAACCAUUCAUCACCCCGUACCCCUUCACGAAAUCGAGGUAAAGCGGUGACGUCAAGCCAACCACAACUUGUUCACAAAUGAACCUGGGACAGUGACAACACGAAGUUGUAUUUGCAACUGGUCGUCGCUGAAAUGAAUGUGGGUAAUCGACAGCCUUGCGAAUUAUCGAUGACUAGGUAUAAGAAUGUUGCCAAGAAGUUUUUGAAGAAAACUAGCCUCCUACAUUCGGCCAAACAAAUGAAAAACAAAUAUGAUAACUUGAAGAAAGAUUGGAUUGUGUGGAAGAAAUUGCAGGAUGCAAGCCAAGGCUUCACAGGGCUUGGGUACGACCAAGCGACAGGUUUGUUCACAGAACCUGAUCAUUGGUGGGCCAAAAUGCAAGCGAUGAACAACCGAUGUGCCAAGUUCAAGACGAAGCCUCUACAGCACCUGGCUCUGAUGAAACGGGUGUACUCUGACGCUGCUGUGACGGGAAAACAUGCAUGGACUCCAAUUGAAAUCUACGAUGAAAAUGUUGACGCGACGAAUACAGUCGCAUAUAGGCAUGGGACCUCUCAGUGCUGGCACUCCACCACAUCCAAGACAUGAUAUUGUCGAAGAGAACGUGGUAGACAGUUCGUUAUUCGACGAUGCUUCCCCAUAUUCAAACGUUGACGAAUCAACCAAUGCAAAAUGUCGCAAGCGGCCAGGCCCCGAUACUGUGGCAUGUAGCAUAAACAACCUUGUGGAGGCUGUUAGCAAACAAAACAGGGAACUGAAAAUUACGCAAUAUGUUGUCACAGAGAAGGGCGAGAACAUUGUGAACGACUGUCUGGCGAGGCUAAUGGAUACGCCUGGAUUGGAGCCCAACGGUCAAUUAUUCUCAUUUGCAUACAGCAUAAUGGAUUCACCCGAUAAUUGCGAUAUCAUGAUGGCCCUCCCAUUGGAUUACGUUAUGAAUUGAUUGAAGGAGAAGCGUGCCUGCAAGCCGCAGAAUGUUGGCAGAGAGCGUCAGCGAGAUGUACAUCUGGUCGGGAGUGAUGGUGUGGUUGAUAUGGAUUAAAGAGUGGACCUUGCAUUGUCUUCUUUGCUUGUGCUUUGCAAUUCUAGUUGAACUAUUGUGUCCUUCACUCUGUGCCUUGCCUAUAUUAAUUUCUUUUGCAUUUGUUAUUUUUGAAAUAACUUAUAACAAGAAGGAUAGUUUCACAACAACGUAGUUAUGAAAUGUGUUACUAGUUUAUGCACUGUCUUAUGUGUGAUGCAAUGCGGGAUAAUAACAUUUUAUUAAUUUCA